AUGCGCAUCUUUACAGCCAAUUUUGUUCUAGCCCCUUUACUCCUCGGCAGCAUUCAAGCUGCUCCAGCACCCACAGAAUAUGCAGCAGGUCUUGAAGCAAGAGGGUUACUCAAGGGUAUCAGCAGUGGACUCAAAGGCCUUCUCCCAGCGAAAGACAUCGGUAGUCUCCUUGAUGACAUCACCGAUCCCCAAUCAGUCUUGAGUGUUCUCGAGGGAGUGGAGGCUACAGCUGCUCCAAACAGCAUUCAGCAAGCCCAGAGCACGCUCCAGGCUAUAUACAGUGCAACGCCGACGAACCUCUACAAAAAUGUAGCCAAACAGAUUCAAGCCGGGCUAGGGCCUUCCAAGAUCCAUCAAGUCGCUUCAGAUCUACGAGCUGGGAAGGGCGAAAACUGCCAGACAAAUCACAACCCCAUCAACCCCCGUGAGCCCAUCUACCCCAAAAAGAGUCUCCAAGAUGCACCCUACUCUCUCUCCGAAGAAAAGCUCCGUGGGGCCAUCUUUAUCCCGCCUAAUUUUACGUAUGGGCAGAAACCGCCAACCGUCUUCGUUCCCGGCUCGGGCUCCUACGGCAGCAUCAAUUUCGCCUCCAACCUGGGCAAGCUGCUGACCAAUGUCCCCUACGCGGAUCCGGUCUACCUCAAUAUCCCCGGUGCCAUGCUCGACGACGCCCAACUUAACUCUGAGUACAUCGCCUACGCAAUCAACUACAUCUCUUCCAUCACGCGCCGAAAGGAUAUAGCCGUCAUAUCCUGGUCCCAGGGCGGCCUCGACGUGCAGUGGGUUUUCACCUUCUGGCCAUCCACGCGCCAAGUCGUAACAGAUCUCCUGGCCGUCUCGCCAGACUUUCACGGGACCGUGUUCGCAAACUUGCUCUGCUUCUCUUCGGGGUCAGUGGGGUUGUUGCCCUGCGACCCGUCGGUUAUACAGCAAGAAUAUAACUCAAACUUUGUCAACACCCUGCGCGGCAGGGGAGGUGAUAGUGCCUAUGUGCCGACUACUACUUUCUACUCGGCUAUCUUCGACGAGAUUGUCGAGCCGCAACAGGGAAUUAUUGCUUCGGCGUAUCUGCAAGAUGCGAGGAGAGUUGGUGUCACCAACGUCGAGCUGCAGAGUGUCUGUUUUGGCAGACCGGCGGGGAGUUUCUACGGUCAUGCAGGAGUUCUAUAUAAUCCGCUCACAUAUGCACUCAUCGUCGACGCGCUCACCCACGAUGGACCCGGAACGUUGGAGCGGAUUGAUUUGGGUGUGGUUUGUGCUCGGUUCUCCGCCCCUGGGCUGACCUUGGUGGAUGACUUGGCCACGAUUGGACUGAUUCCCAUUGCGGCCGUUUUGCUGCUUGCAUACCCGGAAAAGUUGUUUGCUGAGCCUGAAUUGAAGCCUUAUGCGCGGGCUUAA